AGUAUCGAUAGUUUUCCAGUUCUACUCCCCAUUUUUAUAAAACGCCAAAUGAAAAUUAAAAAAAACUUCGUACCUUUAAUUUAAUGCAAUAAUAUGUGCAAUUUGAAGCAUGCCGAUUCAGGCGCCCUCAUGGACAGACUUUCUCAACUGUCCCAUCUGCUGUAAUGAGUUCGAAGCCAGCCAGCGUGUGCCGAUCAGCCUCGGCUGUGGCCACACUAUAUGCAAGCCCUGUCUGACCACAAUCUACAAUCGGCAAUGUCCCUACGAUCAGACUCUAAUUGUAACGGACAUCAACAAUUUGCCCUUUAACUAUGCAUUACUGCAACUGGUGGGCAAUGGAAAUGGAAACGGAAAUGGAAAUGGCAAUGGCAGUGGCAGCAGUGGCAGUGGUGCAGUUGGUGAUAAACGCGUGUCCAACAAGGAGGUGCAGCUGGCAGAUUUGGCGCCAAGUGUGCUUAAGCUGCAGCCGGAAGAGCUCAAGUGCUAUAAGCUGGGCAAGAAAUGCAUCGAAGAGUUGGCCUUGCAUUUAAAGUCAUUUUUAAACUUGAAUAGCAGUAAUUUACUAACCAGGCCCAUGCAACGCAAGCUAGUUACUCUUGUCAAUUGCCAGCUAAUGGAGGAGGAAGGUCGUGUGCGUGCCUUGCGAGCUGCCCGUUCCUUGGGCGAACGUACCGUAACCGAGCUGAUUCUACAGCAUCAGAACCCACAGCAGCUCAGCUCGAAUUUGUGGGCAGCGGUGCGAACGCGAGGCUGUCAGUUCCUAGGUCCUGCCAUGCAAGAGGAGGUACUCAAGCUCGUUUUGCUCGCAUUGGAAGAGGGCUCUGCGCUAUCUCGCAAGGUGUUGGUCAUGUUUGUGGUGCAGCGGCUAGAGCCGCACUUCCCGCAAGCCUCGAAGACAAGCAUUGGCCAUGUGGUGCAGCUGCUCUAUCGGGCUAGCUGCUUCAAGGUGUCCAAGCGCGAGGCAGACUCUUCGCUGAUGCAGCUCAAGGAGGAAUUUCGCACCUACGAUGCACUGCGGCGUGAACACGAUGCACAGAUUGUACAAAUAGCCACAGAGGCUGGCCUACGGAUUGCUCCCGAACAAUGGUCAUCGCUGUUGUACGGCGACAUACAACACAAAUCCCACAUGCAGAGCAUCAUUGACAAGCUGCAGACGCCGUCCGCCUUUGCACAGUCCGUGCAGGAGCUGGUGAUCGCGCUGCAGCGCACCAGCGAUCCGGCCAAGCUGGCGCUUUUGCACACUCAUCUGCAAUACUUGGCCAGCAUUGAUCCGUGCGUAGAGACAGCGGCCUGGGAGGAUGUGGCGAAAGCCUUGGACGCUGUACGGCAUGCUGUAAUGGGCCUGGUUCACUACUUGCAGCACCAUGGCAUACGGAAGCCACAGGACAGUAAUCUAGCCGGUGGAUCUGCGAACAACAACAACACCAAGUACAAAAUUAGUCUGUGCCGCGAUCUCAAUAAUCGUCGUGUUUGUCCACGCGGAGCCAGCUGCACAUUUGCCCAUUCGCAGGAGGAAGUGGAGCGCUAUCGAGCACGCAAUCGUGGCAAGCAUAUUAAGUCACCCAUGAACAUGGCUAUGCCCAAUAUGCCACCAGGCAAUAAGAAGCCGUUGCCGUUGGCCAGCGAAGUGCCCACUGGGGCCAUGCUGCCCAUAUCGCCCAUACGCUAUAUGCAACCACCGCCACCAGCACCGCCUGCUCGCGGCUUUCUCGAUCCCAAUUGCAAUAUGCCACCAGCGGCACACAAUCUAUCGCCUGCUGCCGUACAUCCGCAGAUGCUAAGUGGGCACCACAGUCCCAUGGGGCGACAGCAACAGCAGCCACAUACGGCGCUCAACGGACUGCUGGUGCCACCACCCCCACCAGCUUUGGGAUACGAGCAACGCUUUAACUUUGCACCACCGCCACGCAAUGCAGCGCGUAUUAACCCACCGAACUACAAUAGCAACAGCAACAACAGCAGCAACAGCAACCACAGCACCAACAAUAACCUACAUAAUCACAACAAGAGCUUCUGCAGCAUGCUUCCAGCGGAUGUUUAUCAUGCGCCCUACUUUGGCAACGAGGCCAAAGGCAACGUGGAGAUGUCACAAAAACUAGGCGGCAACAAUCCAUGGGAGCAUCCAUAUAUGCCGACGCUAGUGCCGCCGCCGCCGUCCAGCAAAAAUCCCAGUCGAGUUAUGUCGACCAUUUCACAUGCAACAGCUGAUACCUCAUUUUAUGAAAAGAAACCGCCGAGUACUGUUAACAUUGACCCGUUGGCCGAGAGUGCAGCGAAUAGCGAAUCCAUGCCAUUGUUUAGGCCCAGCAACACCGGCAGCACCAACAACACCAGCAACAACUGCAGCAGCAGCAACAACAACAACUCAUUGAUAUUCUGGAAUAACAGCAACAAGGAUGCGGCGAACUUUGUGCGCUCCGAUUCCAUAUUGGAUGACGAUGCGUCCACGUUUGAUGUGCCCAGCGGCUCAUCGAUGAACAGCCGCUAUGGUCCCAUUUGUCCCAAACGCAAUGCGACAAACAACUGGAACAAUUGGCUCGUGGAGAAUGAGGCGAAGAAUAAUAAUGAGUUCCUCAGCGAGAAGAACACUAGCUAUGCAGGAUUUGAGCCCAAGCCAGGCUAUAAACCAGAGCACAAUGACAACACCAAUGCCAAUAAGAACGUUGCUGGACGUGAUAGCGUGUUCCUUUGGAAUAGCGAACUGAAUGCGAAUGUCAGCAGUCCGUCGAGCAAUUAUUGGAACAGCAGCGCACCAACGGAAAGACUGAAGCAGCAGGAUAGGAAGCCAGUGCUGAUGUCCGAGGAUAGCGUGGAGGGUGGCAUCGAUAGCGGCAUGAUGAGCGAGCUGGAAAAGAAACUCGUGGACAUUGUGGAGGUCUGGUCGAAUCCCGAUGAUAGCGGCAUAAAGCUGGACUAGGCCAAGGAUAUAAAUAUAUAUAUAUAACAAAACAUCGUUCGGUCGUUCGAUUGAUCGAUGGAGUGGAAGCAUAAUGCAAUCAUUUUACAAAAUGUCAUAUAGGGGACAUUACGACAGGUUUGUAAACCGCACAGCUAAAAAAUUCUAGAACUUUUCAGUCUAACUAACUUAAGCGAGGAGUUAAAGGUUGAUCAUUAUUCGAUCGGUCCAUGAAGUAAGAAACAGAAACAGAAUACAACAAAAGAAUAUAAAUUCAAGAAAAUUUGGGUAGGGGAAAAUAGAAUUUUAAAUUGUAAUUACAUAAUUGUCUAUUUAAAGGUGUUGUCAAGCUAUAUAUAUAUACGAUAUAUAUAUGUUAUAUAUUUGAUGUUCGGAUUGAUCGAACUAUAAUAGUCCGUAUUAUUGUUAAUUUGGGUUUAAAAUUUGAUUCACAUAGUGCUUAGAAUAAUUGAUGUCUACAACUAGCCACGAUCUUUUAGCACAACAAUAACAUAUAGAUCUAGUAUAUUAUUCAAAUUGCUAACAAAUUAAUGAUUCGUCAUUUCCAUAGGUGUUGUAUAGUUGCUAUCCAAAUGUAGAAACACAGUUGAAGGAAAGAGCGAAUCAAGCUGCAGGGGAAACAUUAUUCGCAACGUCCGUUUUAA